GGAGCUCGGAUUGCUCCGGUGGGGAUGCUGGGCCUGGGAGAGUCCCUCGGAGGGUGUAGUGGAGGCGUGUGGAGUGAUCCUUGGCGACCUGUGACCUGGAGCGGAAGGAGUCAGUGAGGACGCGGAGUGAAAGCCUUGGACCAAGAGUGAGGAGACCUGGCCCGGGCCAAGCUCCGCCACCGUCUCGCGUAGCGACAUUGAGCAAGGCCUUCCUUGCACCGUCCCUUCGCAGAAAAGGAGGGUAUCGGUCGAGCUGACCUACAAGGCUGGAGAAAGCUGAUCCACCCUUUGACCACGGCCUGGGCAGGCCAUCUCAGGCCCUCUGAGCCUCUUAGGUUGGAGGACAGAAUUUGCUUGGCUGUCUAUGAGUCCUUGGAUACAAACGUGAGACUUGAGAGGACUUAAGGGAUUUAACUGUGUCCAGAGAAGUGUGACAAAUUCCAGGACGUUUUCUGGGGUUUAUAAACAAACGCAGUCUAGGCUAAAUACCUUUUAGUGGCACAGUCCGUCCAUGUGUUAUUUCUAACCUCAGGGCAGUUGAUUCCAUAGGUAUUAUCUCCCUCUUGCAGGUGAGCAAACUGAGACUGAGAGCAGUUCAGCUACUUGCCCAGGUUCCCACAGCUGGGAAGUAGCAGAACCUGGUGCGGACUCAUGCACUGGCUCAGCCCAAACCAACCCCAGGACCUUGAUGAGCAAGUCAGGACUUUGUGCUUUAAAAGAUGUUGGUAGUUUCUUUAGGAUAAUGGUUCUCGAAUUUGAAUAUGCAUCAGAGUCACUUGGGAGGCUCCACUCCCAGAGUUUCGAAUGAUUUCCUGGAUCUGGAGUGGGGCUGAGAAUGUGGCUAACAAGUUCUUGGGUGAUGGCAAUUGAGAACCACUGCUUAGGCUGAAGGCAAGGAGUUACAGUAGAAACCGGGUCCAAGUUUGGAAGGUGAUCACUGGUGCUUUUAAAUUUUCCUUUGAUACUGAAGUUUCAAGGGAUUUUGGUUGGGGUUUUCUGACAUUAUUUUGUUGCUCUCCAGCGAUAACAGUAGCCAUCAGACAGGCCGUCCUUUAUUACUGACCCUCCAUGGUUUGGGCCCUGGAAAUGGGUCUCCUAUACGGUGUCGCAUCAAUAGAAAGAAACGAGAUUUGGUGAAGCAAAACAGAACUUUAAUUCUUUGGUCAAAGAAUAGAGACAGGUGGAAUCAUCCCAAAGGCAACCUCUCCUGAAAAGGAGGUCUCUCGGCUGCUGGGGGCCUUCCAGAACUCAAAACAGGUGACCAGAGGUUUUGCUAGUGGUGCUCGGACAGUAACUCUAAUUCCAGGAGAUGGUAUUGGUCCAGAAAUCUCAGCUGCAGUUAUGAAGAUUUUUGAUGCUGCCAAAGCACCUAUUCAGUGGGAGGAGCGGAAUGUCUCUGCCAUUCAAGGACCCGGAGGAAAGUGGAUGAUCCCUCCAGAAGCCAAAGAGUCCAUGGAUAAGAACAAGAUGGGCCUGAAAGGCCCUUUAAAGACCCCAAUAGCAGCUGGUCACCCGUCUAUGAAUUUAUUGCUGCGUAAAACAUUUGACCUGUAUGCAAAUGUCCGACCAUGUGUCUCAAUUGAAGGCUAUAAAACUCCUUACACGGAUGUAAAUAUUGUCACCAUUCGAGAGAAUACAGAAGGAGAAUAUAGUGGAAUUGAGCAUGUGAUCGUCGAUGGAGUUGUGCAGAGUAUCAAACUCAUCACCGAGGAGGCUAGCAAGCGCAUUGCCGAGUUUGCCUUUGAGUAUGCCCGGAAUAAUCAGCGGAGCAAUGUCACAGCUGUGCACAAAGCCAACAUCAUGAGAAUGUCAGAUGGGCUUUUUCUGCAAAAAUGCAGGGAAGUUGCAGAAAACUGUAAAGAUAUUAAAUUUAAUGAGAUGUACCUUGAUACAGUAUGUUUGAAUAUGGUACAAGAUCCAUCCCAAUUUGAUGUUCUCGUUAUGCCAAAUUUAUAUGGUGACAUCCUUAGUGACCUGUGUGCAGGAUUGAUUGGAGGUCUUGGUGUGACACCAAGUGGCAACAUUGGAGCCAAUGGGGUCGCGAUCUUCGAGUCGGUCCACGGAACUGCCCCAGACAUCGCAGGCAAGGACAUGGCCAAUCCUACGGCCCUUCUACUAAGUGCCGUGAUGAUGCUGCGCCACAUGGGACUUGUUGACCACGCUGCAAAAAUUGAGGCUGCAUGUUUUGCUACAAUUAAAGAUGGAAAGAGUUUAACAAAAGACUUGGGAGGCAAUGCAAAAUGCUCAGACUUCACAGAGGAAAUCUGUCGCCGAGUAAAAGAUUUAGAUUAAUGCUUCUACAGAUGGAAUUCCCAUCAAUCACUCCCAAGGGACAUCACAUAAACCUAUAUUUAGAACACCUACCAUAUGUAUGUAUUUGGUUUGCUUGUUCCUUGACAAUGUCAAUUUUUAGAUCUGGCCUUUUCUUAACAAAAUCUGUGCAAAGGAUGCAGGUGAUGUCCCUAGGCCUGCUUUCAAAGGACUUUUUCCAAGUGCUUGUUUUAUUUAUUAAAUGUCUGUCUGGGAAACGUUUUUUGUAAGUUUUAAGUAGAUGGUAUCAUUUGCCAUUGAUAACCAUUUUACACUUUGGUUAAAACAGUUUUUCCUCAGCUGUAAAUAUCAUGAUACAGAAUUAAUAAGAAAAAACAUCUAAUUUUUUAAAGAAAAACUCUGUUUUCCUUGGUUUAUGAAAAACAUAAUGGAAAUAAAACAAUACUGACAUAAUAGCACAAGAUGAUAUUCUUAUAAAGCUAAAUGGGCACAAGAGAAAUUUCCUGGCACAGUUCACAUCAAAAACAGUGAAUAUGGUAUUUUUCUUAGUGAUGUGAAAAAUAAAGACAGAUUAUCCUUUACAUGAAUUACUGAGUAUGAAUAAAGACUUCAGAUCCAAGAAAUAUAUGAGAGAUGUAAUUUUUGUUUUAUUAACAAUAUAUUAUUUAGAUAUAUUGUUAACAAUAUAUCAUAACAAUAUCUAAACAAUAUAUUAUUUAGAUAAUAUAUUGGGUACAAACACACAAGCACAUUGUGUGCUCAAAUUAUAUUAUUAUCUUAAGAUGUAAUAUUCUUUUUGAGAGUUUUAAAUGAAACAAACAUGUACUUCUUUUGAAUUGGACACACACUGAGCAUCUUGAGUAACACACACCUUGAGCCACUGUCCUGAAAUCUCUGCGUUUGGCCAUGGGAGCUGGUGGGUGUGUCUGUUUACUCUUGGGCAGUGUGCAUAGCUGUCUGGAAAUGAGCCACCCUCCAGCUGAUAACUGCUGGGGGUGAGAUUGCUGAAGGGCUUGAUCACAUACAUUUUGGCUGCAGUUGAGGAACUUGGGAUGUUGGCUGUUAAUUUUAUAUUUUGGCAUCUGCUCCUUCCACUUCCCCAAAGCACCAAAUCACUGACUCCUGCCUCAACACACCAGUAAGAGAGGAGACUGCAGAUUCUAGAGUGGACUCAAUCUGAAUUGAUUUACACAAAUUGUGUCAAACUGGGGCUUGGGCUCAGCUUUCGACCUUUAGGAACCUAACCCCAGCCCCCGCCCCAACACCAAGUUUCUUAGCAUGAUUUUUUUUACUCUUCAGCCCUAAGUCGCCACUUUCAGGAUCCCUUUGGCUCCACACCAAAGGUAACUUGUCCUCCCUUGGCCCUUGUGUAACAUCAAAAAUUGGUGACAUUACAUAAUGCACCCAGGUUACAAGAGAAUUUCUUAACGACUGUCUCCAUCCGGGUCCUUUUUUAAGCUUAUAUCCAGACUUAUAAUCUUCUGUUUUGCUUUGUUUAAGCUGAUGCUUCCUCUAUUUUAUUGGAUUGUUCUAAGUAUCAGUGACUCUUGGAUUCAUACUAAUAAAGAAUUCCAAAACUG